AUGACAUUUAUAACGAGAUUUUUUCCGUUAAUAAGUAAAACGGUGAUAAAAUCUUAUAAUACAUCACCAUACAUUUCUAAAUCUUUGCUUUUUUCCCAGUCAAAUAAAAACAUCUCACUUUUCACAAAUAUAUUUCCAAUUGGAUAUCGCUCGUUAACAUUAACUUCAGUCAUUAAGCUUUCCAAGGAAGAACCAUUAGAAAAGGCAGUUCAAGUAGUUUUAGAAUCAGAGAUAAAUGCUGAGUCUGAAGCUAUAUGGAAUCAAUUGAUUCUUGAAUGUGUUAAUAAAGACAGAGUAAAAUUAGGCAUACGAUUGUUAAACGAGAUGAAACGGUUUGCCUUACAACCCAGCAUAAAUACAUACAUGUUAUUGCUUAAUGGUCUUGUAGAAUGCCGUGCGCUGCCUGAUAAUGUUUUUCAUGCCAGAGCAAUUGUUGACAGUAUCAGGAGAGCAGGUCGGCGUAAAUCGGAAUAUCAGCUCAAGACUGAACACGCAAACGCUCUGCUAAAAGUUUGCUUUAAUGCAAACGAAUUCCAGGCAAUAAUAAAUAAUUACAACACGCUUUUUCGCCCUGGAUCAUAUGGUACAUUAACAGCUAAUAGGGAAACACAUACAAUUGUUCUAAGAGCUUGUGCGAAAAAUUGCAAUAAAUACCCAAAUAUAGCUGUUCCUUUAGCAUUAAACAUAUGGGAUAAAGUCUUUCAAAAAGCAAUUGAUCAUCUUAAAAAACCGGGCAUUCGUACGGAAGAGGAUGCUAUUGAUGAUGAGCUUGUUUGCGCUAUGCUUCUUGUUUUUAGAAAUUCUGAUCAGAUUGACAGAGGAUUUCAAAUGCUUAAAGACGUUUAUGGGAUUGGGGAUGAUGAAAUAAAAACUCGUCCUUAUAAUUUGCAAAUGACGUCAAAAUCAUUAGAUCUUGCGAUGGGAUUGUGCUUCAAAUCUCAACAAAUCGGUUUAGGUAUUAAACUUUUUCACAAUGCAAAAGGUUUAUUCCCAAAUAUCCAGUUAGACAUUGAAAAUUUUAAUAGUCUAAUUUCACUUUAUAAUAAGUCUGAACAAUAUGACAAUGCUAUUGCUGCUUUUAAACAAGCUCUUGAUUUGGGCAUUGAACCGGUAUCAAUCACAUUUGAUUUACUAAUGGUAGCUUGUAGGAAUUCGCAAAAUUUAGAAUCUGUUAAAGAAAUUUUUGGUAUAAUUAUUAAGCACAAAGUUGUCCCAAAGGCUACUGCGUUAACAAAGAUACUCGAGAUGACACUUGAAUCGGACCCUAUUCGUAUGACAAAAGAAGUUCGAUGGAUAUUAAACAAAAUUGAUCAAAUUGGAUUGAACAAUCCUAAGUCACUUGUAACCAUUGCUACAAAACAAGGCGUUCCAAAAUUACCAUUCGAAAUUGAUGACAAAGAUUUUCUACGAACUAUAAUUAAUGCUUACGGAGUGGCUUUGGACAAAGCUGCGGGUAAAUUGCCUGAUCACACCGAAGAACGUUGGACUAAUAAUUUGAGAUUUUAUAAAAGCAGACUUUGGGAUAUAAAUCAAAAAGAAGCUCAAAUAGAGCAAAGUAAAAGGCAAAAGGAACGGGCAUUAAUGAAGUAG